AAGAAACAUUCAAAGAAAACCAUGGAGAGUUCAGGAUACACAAUUAGUUUUCCUGCCCAAGCACCGGACCUCAAGGAACCGAAUGUCAAAAUAACAGAACUCCCUCCUACACCGCCUUCACCCAACAAAUCAAUCCCACUCCGCAGCAUCACUCUUCAGGAUCCAACCCUCAUAACCACGGAAUUCGACGCCCACCGCUUCCAAGCUGCGGCAUACACCCAACUCAUUAACACUGCGAUCCCAAAACUUACAACCCAAGCUCCUGCACCAAUAACACUACCCGGAUCAAUCCCCUCAGACACCCUCAUAACAUCGCCCUACAACAAACUAGGCCACUACCUCUCCCUCUCGACCCCUCCUCUCCCCCUUCCCUCCCUCCUCCUCGCCGUAGCCCUAACGUCCCUCCAACCCACUCUCCCCACCUACGCCACAGCUCCCUACACCUCCGCGCUCAACCUCGACGUCGUACUUGACGUUCUACGCGCACUCGUUAAAAGUGAAGGUGUAGAAUGGCCCGAAACCCGAUUCUACGUAGUUGUCUUCCGGAGCAAACUCAAAGAAAAUAUCGAUACCGAUUAUCUGUACAAGUUGGACGAGGAGAGUCAUGCGGAGGCGUGUGCGUCGGGGGGAUUGCUGAAGUAUUGGUUUGGGAAGAGCAAUGCGGAGAGUAGGAAUUUGGCGACUUGUUUCUGGCAUAGCAGGGAAGAUGCGUAUCGAGGAGGUUUGGGGCCGUGGCAUAAAAAGGCGCGGGCGGCAGGUAGGGAGUUGUAUGAGCAUAUUACAUUUACUACGCAUUGGUUUACUGUGCUUGAGGGAGUCAAGGGAUAUACGUUUGAGAACUACCAUUAA